AGAAAUUAUCCAUUUGUUAUGUUCUUAGUGUUAAAAAACUGUCUUCUUAUUCGAAACUCUCUUUUUCAAAGAAUCGUACCUAUAUUACACGCGAGCGGAUUGGCUCGCGGCCCCAGCCACUGACGUCGAGCCUCUCACCACACCAGUGCCAUACGUGGUCAUCCACCACACGUACAUCCCAGGCGCAUGCAACACCACUGCCCAAUGCGUCGCGUCCAUGAGGUCGAUGCAGAAGUACCACCAGAGCCUGGGCUGGGGCGACAUUGGAUACAAUUUUGCAGUCGGAAGUGAAGGAGGCGCCUAUGAAGGUAGAGGCUGGAACACCGUCGGCAUCCACGCCGGGAGAGCCAAUAACUACAGUCUCGGAAUCGUUCUGAUCGGUGAUUGGCGAGUAAACCUCCCGCCUGCCAAACAGCUGACCACAGCAAAAGCGAUCAUUGCCAAAGGAGUGAAAGAUGGCGUGAUCAGUCCUCAGUACCGCCUGAUAGGGCACAGUCAAGUCAUGACGACAGAGUGCCCAGGGGGAGCGCUGCUUGCACACAUAGCCACGUGGGACCACUACUGGCCCGGCCAUGUGGAGUUUAAGGCGGCGAAUACCAGUCCCAGUACUCUGUGA